AUGGCCUCCCACGAUAUCGCAAAGGCAGCCGUACAGCAGAUUGCCAAAGACCUUGGGCACCUGCCCGAUGCAGUACUAGAACGUAUGGAUGCAGACACCAGACGCUUGGUCGAGGAAAGUCUCCUUGCAAAGGACAAGAUUGCAGGGCAUGCAAUCAUAACGCUCGCUCAGAACAUCUAUGGCAGCGAUGCCAGAUUUGUAUUUGAGCUCCUUCAGAAUGCCGACGACAAUUGUUUUGAGAAAGCUACCGCUGCUGGAGCUGCUCCGUUCGUGUCCUUCCAUGUCUACUCCGAUCGGAUCGUCGUCGAAUGCAACGAGGAUGGCUUCACCUUGCAAAAUUUGACGGCUAUCUGUGCCGUGGGACAGAGCUCCAAGUCUACAACGCACGGCUACAUUGGCGCUAAAGGUAUUGGAUUCAAAUCAGUGUUCAUUGCCGCGUGGAAAGUUCACGUCCAAUCCGGUCACUUCUCCUUCGAUUUCAAACAUAAAAAGGGUGAUUCCGGCCUGGGUAUGGUGGUGCCGAUCUGGCAUGAAACCUCAGAGACUCUGCCAUCACCAAUGACCAGGAUGACACUCUACCUUCAUGAGACAAAAGGCGCGGAGCAUCUCAACGACAUCCGCAAGACGGUGUUUGAGCAGCUUUCAUCCCUCCAAGAGACUUCUUUGCUUUUUCUUCGCAAGCUGAAGAAAAUAAACGUCAGCUUCUACGAUGCCAACGAUCAUCAGGCAAGCUCGAAGCUCUUCCAAUGCGACAAAGGAAACGAUCAGAACUUUCGUCUCGAGAUUGUUCACACGACGCACUCCGGAGCAACAAAGAAAGACACGAAGCGAUUCCACGUCACAACGCACUUAGCGACCGGCUUGUCCGCGAGCGAAUCAAGAGGUGCUGCUGCUGAGGCUGAGGUCAUACUGGCAUUUCCAUUGACGCAUGACUUGAAACCUCUUCUCGAGAAGCAGGAACUGUUUGCCUUCUUGCCCGUUCGAAAGUCUGAAUUUGAAUUUAUCAUCCAUUCCGAUUUCGACACAACCGCUAGCCGUCAAGACAUCAUGACCACCUCACGAAGAAAUCGCGACCUACUCAACGCCAUAGCCGAUGCAUUCAAGACGGCUGUGACUGAAUUCUGCGGGCAUCCUGAGCUGUGCUACACCUGGCCCAACUUUCUGCCAUCUCCGCAGUCUAAGAACGCAGUGUUCUGGUCAGCAUUGAAAGACAAGAUUCAACAACGACUGUGUAAGGUACCAAUGCUCAAGGCCAGGCACGGUGAUCAGCUUCGCCGCAUAGACUCUGUCGUCAUGCCUCAUUCGAAUUUCUUGGACGAAGCCGAGAAGCCGCUGCUCGACUAUGAUGCUCAAAGCGCCUUCAUAAGCCCAGCAUAUGCGCCCGAAGCUCGAGCUGCACUGAAGCACUAUGGUCUCGAAUCGAUGAACUUCGAUCUUGCCAUGAUCUUGGUGCGUGCUGACCUAAAUUUCACAGAGUCCAUCAUGAAAUCACAGUCCACGAGCGAACAUUGGCACUCAAGAAUGGCGCAAUUCCUCCGGACGAACUUUUCAUCUGCCGACAGCCGACUGCGAGGCUUGGAGCUCGUGCCGUUGAGUAGCGGCGACUGGACCUCGUUGGAAAGUGGAGCUUUGUACUUGCCAACCGCUCGAGGGAUUAAAGUGCCCUCGGGUCUCAACAUCAGAAUCUUGGACUCUCGAGCGGCCGCCAAUAUCGAUCGCAGAGAAUUCUUCAUGAAACAUGGCGUUGAGGAGCCAUCAGUGACCAGCUUGCGGCGCCUCAUUGUUGCCGCUGUUCGCAAGCCUGUCAAACGCAGAAGCCUUUCGUCAGACAUAGGGACUCACGCCCACUUCUUGUAUCUCUCUCACUUUUGCGAGCCGGAGCUUUCCAGAACGGAUGUUGCUGAUUAUCGCCUUUACACCUCAGAGGAAUUGCUCCGGAAUCCUCGCGAGGAAGAUGUCUUCCUACCAACGAAAGAUUUAUAUGGUGCCUCUGAGCUUCUGAAGGCAGGCCACGGCUUCCCAGGCCUAGAUCACCUUUGGAAGUACGAAGGAUCCCUGAUCUUGAAGAACGGCAAGCUCAAACUUCAAAUAAUGGACAUGUGUGCGAGCAGACUUUGUUCGCCUCCACUGGACGUUCCAUGGAGUCUGCAGCAAACAUACAUUCCACUUGCAGCCUUGAAAGCGCAUCGCGAACGCUUCAUGGAGCCCGAAGAACGAUUCCCAUUCCUGGACCUUUACCCAGACAUGGCAUCUGCACAGCUUCUUGUGAAGUGGGACUUCCUCCAUGAGGCCUUCUCUGUCGGUAUCGAUGAUGACCUUCGGUUCUUCUUGGAUGUCUUGCUCUGGGUCAAGAUAUCAAAUAAGGACUGCCCUAAAAUCCCUCGUCAUGAACGACUGAUCGACGUUUACGUUGCUAUCUAUGCUAAAUGUGCUGCAUCACCAGACCGAGAGCGUGCGCAGUACUCCGUGAGGGAGACUCCUGAUCUUGUCUAUAUUCCACCCUUGCAUGGCCGUUCAUUCCUCUGGGCCGCAACCGAAGACUGUUUCUGGGAUGGUCCAACAGAUACAAAGACCAAGCAUUCACUGAAAUACAUAUACACCAAGUGCUUUGGGAUUGAGCAGACGAAACAUGUCGCUCGCUUCUUCUGCGACACUCUUGGGCUCAACAACGCAAUCCUGGACGAUUUGAUAGAAGAGUUACGACACUUGGCAGAAUAUGACGAACAGGAUUACGACCGAGUCUUGGACCUCUAUAGACGCAUCGCUGCAACUGCUUUCAGCGACCGAAAACUCAUAUUCGUGCCCAAGGGAGAGUCUGGUACGUGGUGCAGCACUAGCGAGUGCAUUUGGUCCAGUUCGACCUCCAUCAAAGGGAAGGUAACACUUCAGCAAGACUAUGAAGAUUUGGAAAACUUCUUCGUGGACAUCAUCGGGGUCAAGCGGCUGACCCUGCAGAUAAUAUACGACGAAAUACUGGGAAUGGGGUCAGAAACUACAAUUACCGAAGUGAAAAGUGCAGUACGGUGCCUUAAUUCGGUUCUGCAGUCGAGCACGGAGCAGGUUGACCGGGAACCUUUGUUGCGGAAGAGCAUUUUCCCAAUCCGUCUUCCGGAUGGAAGCAAAACCUUGGCGAAUGCUGGCGCUGAUUUCAGUGUUGGAGAUCGCGACUAUCUCAUCAAGCAGUUCAGCGGUCUGAUCAAGCUUCUCGACUUUGAGAUGGAGGAAGUCCAAGAUCUGCGACCGUUUCUUGAAUGGACGCGAAUAGCGAAUCGAUGUCUUUCGGUGGCGGUGAAGGAGAGGACGUUUGUGGGACCAGGAAGCACACGGCCAGUGGUUCUUUCGAACCUAGAUCUCAAGCGAAAGGCCUAUGCCUUCCUCCGCGUUGCGGCAAACUUCCGCAGUCCUCGAUACGCCAUGAAUGGAACUGGAUUCUAUCAGGAACUCCGAUCCUUGAGGACCUUGGCGACAAAUGAGAUUCGGUCUGUGUCGAGCUUGUUCCAAGACGGGAAGUUAGUCGAACUGGAGAGCCAGGCAGGAGACGUGCACAUCGAGGAACUUGGCGAUGCCAUCACGGUCUAUGUUCCUCGAAACAAGGCCAAGCAACAGGUCUGCUAUGCUUCAAAACUACCGGAGAAACUGGCAGCCUGGAUCAUGCAGCAUCCCACCACAAACAUCGAGGAAAGUGUCGAUAGAUCCUUGAUCAGUGUCCUCAUCGCAGUAUUGAGUGUCACUCCAGCGGUGCUGAGCCCGAUUCUCGACCACCAGGGGAUCAUCCAACUAUCAAUUGCCGAUGCAGAUCCCGAGACUGACAAUCACGAUGAUACCGACGAUGAGUCUGUGUCGAGCGAGGAUGAGGCCGUUCCAGCUUCACAAGCUUCCCCCUCAGCCCCAGAGCCCGAGGUUGUCUUCGGAGGCGCUGGGCUUAGCUCAUGGAGGUUUGCUCCCCGCACGAGUAUUCCACGUCCCAACGGCGACACUUCCGAGGAGCCUGUCUCGAGCGAGGAGGAAGAAGAGACUGUGACAUCUUCACGGGCCUACACUGGUUCCCGAGGUAGCUUAUUCGGCCGGCCGCUGUUUUCUCCUGGCACGAGCGCUCCUCAUUCUAACGCGAGUACAUACCAAGAACUCCUCCAAAAGGUGGUACGAGCUGCGAGGACUGCUCGUUUCCCUUCAAAGGGGACAUUCAGCAUGUCUGCACUACGCAGCGCACUUCCAGAGGAUGAUGCCAUAGGCUACAAUGGUUUCGAAGCGACAGAUCGAUACCACCCUAUCAACGCCGGCGAGCGUAACUUUGAGAUCGGUGCCGCUGGGGAACUCUACGUGAGUAAAUUGAAGAGGCAUCGACGCGGAAGAGGGCAGUAA